CUGAACCUCGGAGGCUGCUGAAGAAUGUUCUGUGUGGAUUUCUGAGUCUGCUUAGCCGUCCAAACAGAGCAGCCACACUCAGCCUCAGUCCUUAUAGAGGGUCUACAAACAGAUUGAGAAGCAUGGCAAUGGCGACUCGUUUGACGGCGAUGCAAGAAAAGAAGCUGCAGAAUUAUUUUGGAGGAAAACGGUUUACCCUUCUCUAUAAAGCUAGUGUCCAUGAAUUCUCUGGAUAUAAUUUUCUUAAGAGAUGCAGUGGCCAAGGGCCUACUCUGAUGGUGAUUUAUGGUGGAUGUUAUGUUUGGGGGGCCUAUAUAAGAAUGAAUUUUAAGAGAGAUGACACAGUUCCCAUUGUCCUUUUUGCCUUUCAAGAGAAUGAAAUUUCAGAAUGUGAUGUAGGUGCGUGCUCACCACCUACAUUUCUUAAUGAAUAUGGUUUAAGAUGGAAUAAUAGUUCAGGGUUCCUCCUAGAUCUGAGCGAAAAAAAAGUGACUGUGGACUUAGAUGCAGCUAAAAAACUUGGACUGCCUCAAAAUCAACCUAUUUCCUUUGAGGAAUGUGAAGUUUUUCGUUGUGAAGAUUUAUUGGAUAAAAGAAUCAUGAAAGGGAUUACUCAACUCCAUGAGAGAUUAUUGGAUGACAUGAGAACCUACAGUUCAUAUGGAGGCCUCGUUCACCAAAUACGGAUUCUGCUCCUGGGUCCCACUGGGGCUGGGAAAUCUAGCUUCUUCAACUCAGUAAAGUCUGUUUUCCGAGGCCACGUAACACACCAGGCUCUGGUGGGCUCUGAUACAACUGGGGUAUCUGGCAAGUACAGGACAUAUUCCAUUAAGGAUCAGAGAUCUGGCAAUGCCCUGCCAUUUAUUCUGUGUGACUCAAUGGGGCUGGGUGAGAAGGAAGAAGGACUGUGCAUGGAUGACAUAGUCUACAUCUUAAAAGGCCACAUUUCGGACAGAUACCAGUUUAAUUCCUCAAAACCAAUCACACCGGUUCAUAGUAACUAUAUUGACAACCCAUUGCUGAAGGACAGAAUCCAUUGUGUGGCACUUGUAUUUGACAUCAACACUGUUGAACACCUCUCUCGUGACAUGAUGGCAAAGAUCAAAAAAAUUCGAAGGGAGUUGAUAAAGUGUGGUGUAGCACAUGUGGUUUUGCUCACUCAUGUGGAUAGCGUGGACCUGAUUAGCAGAGGUGACCUUGGAGACAUAUACAAAUGUAUGCUUGUGAAGCCUAAGUUAGAGACAGUCCACAGAGAACUUGGAUUUGCUCUUUCUGACAUCUUGGUGAUUAGUAAUUAUACCUCAGAGUGGGAGCUGGACCCUGUAAAGGACGUUCUGAUCCUCUCUGCGCUGAGACAGAUGCUGUGGGCGGCAGAUGACUUCUUAGAGGAUUUGCCUCCUGAGGAAACAGAGAUCAAAGAAGAGGAACCACCGACUGUGUAAAAGAAGGAAAAAAAUAUGUGAACCCUUCACAUACUAAUAAUUUUUAUCUCAUCAUAGAAGAUUGAAAAUUGAAAAAUAAGAAAACACAGGAAAAAGAGAAGUAGCUGAAACAGAAGGGGCAUGUUUUGUUUAUGUCUGUGUUGAAGAUACAUAUGGAAAAUCAUAAUGCCUGCAAAUAACUAGAAACAGUGGGAUUUAAAGCCAUUAAUGGUGGAAAAAAUGAACAUAAUUUCUUUUGGAUUUAUGUUCUGUAUCUGUGAAAAAUCAAAGUUUCUUCUUACAAAGUCUGAAUUUAACUUAAGUGUGGGUGUGUGAUUUUGGAAAAGUUUAUUUUGUCAGCAUCAUUUGGUCUUCACCCACAUCAUCUUAAUUUUGCUUUCUUAUUUUAUUUCCAAAUUAUUUGAUCUUCUCUUUGGGUCUCCAGUUAAUGGUGUACUCUUUACACUAAGGCCAUUUUUUGGUUUGCUUAAUAUCUGAAAACCUCUUUUAAGAUGUGACAAUAUUGGUAAGAGUUUGAGGGGAUUAAAGCUGACAAGAACUAUAGUUUGAUUUUUCUGUCAAUUAUGACUAUUUUAGUUACAAGUGAUAAAACUCAACCUGAAUUACAUGAUUAAAAAAAUAAUCAAACCAUAUAAAAGGCUGGGGUUGAACUGAACUGCCUCAGAAAUGAUUGAAUCUAGAGAUUCAAAAUCUAUUCUCUUUCUCUCUCACACACGUGCACAUGUGUGUGCACGCGCGUGCACACACACACGCACACACUCUCUGGUUCCUUCUUUGUGUCUCUUGCUGUCAUUCUCUCAGGCUAGCAUUCUUGAUAAAUCUUAAACAAUCUGAAUCCAAGCUGACAUUCAUUCAGUCUUGUGACCCAAAAGGGAAGAGGGCUUUUCUUUUCCAGUUUCAUUGUGAAAUAAUCCAAAAAAGGACUGUUGAUUUAGUUCAAAUCAUAUGCCUACUCCCCAAGAACAAUCACUUUCUCUGCAGAAGAGAGAGAAAUAUGAUCAUCCCAUCUUAAAUAAUACUUGCCCAAGAAGAGUGAUUUGUUAUUAGAAGGAGGGGUUUAAUCAUGGACAUGACCACUGUGGAUUAACUGAGCUGAAGAGGCACCUUAAUAUGUAUCUUGUGAAUUCAGGAAGUUUUCUAUCUAGUUUCUCACUUAGAAUAUAAGAAUAAAUAUAUUCUUUAUAAGAACGUAAAGUCUUAUUAAUAAGUCUAAAAAUCAUUAACAAUUUAAAAAAGCUUUUUAUUAAAGUAGUAUAUACACAUAAAAAGUUUAUAGUUCAUAAUUGUAUGGCUCAGUACAUUUUGAUAGACUCAAGCCAUGAAACUAGAACUCAGGUAAGAAACAGAACAUUCUAGAAGUUCCCUUUAAGCCCCAGUCUAGCUACAUAGGAUAUCCACUAUUCUGACUUCUAAUUGCAUAGAUUAGUCUUUUUCUUUUUUAUCCCUAACAUAACAUUAUGCACUAUUUACUCUUUUGGGUCUAACUUCUUUCCUGAGAUGGUUUAUUUGUUUGAUUUGUAUUAUUGUACAUAGGUAAAGAUAAUUUGUUCACAUAUAUCCUAUUAUUGUCAUGUUAAUGGGAAGUUCUAAUACUUUCCUUGUAGGUCAAGAAUACAUUCCAUAUCUGUUGCAUUAAAAAUUUUUCUAAUUAAAGCUACAUAAAAAUAAACCAUUUGAUUUUGGGUCUUUCCAAUUUUGUAUAAUAAUAAAGAUUCCAUAAUGGGAACAUACUGUAUUUCAAUUUGUAAAUGUAGCUUGAAAAUGAGAAGUAGCAUCAUGAAGGAGUUGACAUGAUCCUAAAAUUUACAGAGCAGUGUAACGUUUCAAACACAGUCAAGAUGUUCUUGAUAAACG